UUCCCUCCAGGCCAAGGAUUAAAAACUGCUCGAGCAAGGGUGAGGCUGACAGCAGACCCUGAAAACCAAGCUGCACUCGACCCCCGAAGUGAGGAGAAGCUGUAAGGGAAAGGGAGGGACAGAACAGGGAGAGAGGGGAAGAAGGAGGGGCAGCCAAGUAGGCUGCUGUCCCCCCACAGAGCCAGCUCAGACUCGGCUCUAGGAGCAACCCAGCUGCAGAGGCAACGGCAGCACCACUCCUCCAGCAAAGAACAGCAGGCAGACAGACAGACAGAGGUCCCGGGACUGGAAGGCCUCAGGCCUCAGCCGCUCAGCCAGGCCUGGCCCCAUGGCCUUCAAUGACCUCCUGCAGCAGGUGGGGGGCGUUGGCCGCUUCCAACAGAUCCAGGUCACCCUGGUGGUCCUCCCCCUGCUCCUCAUGGCCUCCCACAACACCCUGCAGAACUUCACCGCCGCUGUCCCCACACACCACUGCCGCCCACCUGCCCACACCAACCUCAGCGAGCACAGGGGCCUGGAGGCCUGGCUGCCCCGGGACCAGCAGGGACGGCGUGAGUCCUGCCUCCGCUUCACCUCCCCCAAGUGGGGACCGCCUUUUCCCAAUGGCACAGAGGCCAAUGGCACGGGGGUCACAGAGCCCUGCAUCAAUGGCUGGAUCUAUGACAACAGCACCUUCCCGUCCACCAUCGUGACUGAGGUAAGAACCCUGCUACAGGGGCCACGCAGACUCUGCCAAGGAUUAAAAACUGCUCGAGCAAGGGUGAGGCUGACAGCAGACCCUGAAAACCAAGCUGCACUCGACCCCCGAAGUGAGGAGAAGCUGUAA